CCACACAAAGAUGGAGUGACCACACCCCAUACACCAAAUGGUAUACUGCCCAAAGAACACACACCUAAUGGCGGGCUGCCCAAAGAACACACAUCAGAUUCUAAUGGCGAGCUGCCUAAAGAACACAAACCUAAUGGCGGGCUGCCUAAAGAACACACACCUAAUGGCGAGCUGCCUAAAGAACACACAUCAGAUUCUAAUGACGGGCCGGCCACCAAAGAGAUCCUCAGCACGAUAACAGUCACGUCAAAUCUCUUCAACACGGACCCCGCCAUGUUAGAAAAUCAUUUGGUCUAUCAAAAAAACCCUUUCGAAAAUCAACAUUUCUUUACUAUCAACGAUACAAUGCGGAAUCGAUUACACAAAUACGCCACAACCCGACUACUUCCGGCGUACACAUACAGCCCCUGGUACGGGGAGUCCCCCCAGCGGCGGGCACACACUGUGGGGGUCAGGUCCCCCCGGACCUACCGCUCAGGGUUCCUACCCCGCCACAUAGACCUGACGUGGGAGGGGUUUGGCAGAAAGAAAGACGCGUGCAUUUCAUUUUUCGAUAUCGAAACUGAAAAAGUAUCGAGUUACCAGUAUCGACCAGGAGAGGUCGUCAAGGGAUCGAUCAAUUUAAUAGUGAAUCAGAACCUUGAGAUUCGAUACCUGGAAUUGGUGGUCACCGGCAAAGGUCGCUACAGCAUCAAACGGUCAACCAAUGGCCUGCCCGUGCAGGGGAAGGAGAGUUACCUCCACAAGCAGACCUACGUCAUAGGUUCAGGGGAGGUCACUCGCAGGUCCAUGCUGACCCCCGGGCACUACCAGUCCAAGUUUUGCGUCAAGCUCCCCAAGGACCUGCCGUCCAGCAUCCGACACGCAGACGUCAAGAACGGUUUCUCGUUCGACAUCGUCUACAGCCUCAAGGCCAGGCUCUUUGAUGACUCGACAGCUGCAGGCGUGGCGCGGGCGGCCUCACCACGCAUGCUCAAGGUCAUCAUGGCCAAACAGGUUAACUUCAACGUACAGCGUGGCUUUGACUUGAGUUUGAUCCCUGACGUCACGACUCCCAUCACUCACACAGAAAAGGUCUACCUGUCAUGCAACAGUGGAACAGCGGCCAAGGUCACAGUUCACCUGGAGCGUGGUGUCUUUUUGGCGGGAGAUGACGUCAGACUACAGCUGCUCAUCCAGCUACACAAGUCUCAGGCCGUCAAGAACAUUGUCUGCACGCUGCAGGAACAUGUGACCUUGAACCCCAAACAAGAGUCAGUGACCUUCAAGCUCCACCAGAUGUCGCUUCAAGAUUUUCGUGACCUUGAACGGCCGAAUGAGACUAUCAAGCGCACGUCUCGUGACGUCACGAAGACGACGUAUGACGUCAUUGUCCCCACGAGCACCAGUAUCCUGUCCGUCUUCAGCCUUGGUGCCAGCCAGGUCAAGGUCACACACUCGCUGUCAAUCAAACUUCGCUUCACUCCGGUGGGCGGGAAACUGUCUUUCAAGAUUCCCGUGGUUAUCGGCCCUUGCGCUGAACCAAUCUACGCCGAGAAGUCGUCCACCCGCAAGUUGAUCCCUAUCUUCAACAAGCCGACCAGAUUUCCGACCUUCACCCAGCCCGCCCUGACGCCCGUCCAGCCCCACCCCCAGGCUGAGAGCACUACCAACGUGACGUCACGCUACACACACAGCUGUUUGGCCCAGUGCCUCUCCUGCUGCCUGUGGCCUAGAUAAAACUGUUCGCAGGCCGUUUUAAAACCAAAACAAAGUCACGUGUGUGUGCCCUCGUCUUCAACAUGUUCACUCGUGUACACACUUCCUGUGUGUAACCAAUCAGCCGUGUCUCUGCUCGUCCUCACCUUCAGUAGAUGACCGCGACCUCACCCAAACCCGGUGACGUCAUCAGAGUUUUACCUACCAGCAGUUUCUUCCAGGCAU